ACCGCGAAACCUUAUCCCCAGAACCACACGGAUAAACCCUAGCUGCGCGAGCCCCCCGGCGAUGUCGGUGGCCAUCCGCUCCGGCGAGCUCCUUGCGUGCCCCGUCGCACUCCGGCGGGCGCCCUUGGCUGUGUCUGUGGUGUCGGUGCGGAUGAGGGCUAGGGGCGCCGUGGCUGUGCGGGCGGAGGCAACGGCCGAGGGGGUAGGGAAAGAGGGGAAGAAGGCGGCGGGGAAGAAGAAGCCGGCGAGCGGGAUCACCAAGCCGAAGCCCAUCUCUACAGAGCUGCGGGAGUUCGUCGGCGGCGCGGCGGAGCUGCCCCGGACUGAGGCCAUCAAGCUGGUAUGGGCGCACAUCAAGGGCAACAACCUCCAGGAUCCAAACAACAAGAAGAUAAUAAUCUGCGAUGAGAAACUGAAGAAGAUAUUCGGAGGGCGUGACCGCGUUGGGUUUCUCGAAAUUUCCGGGCUGCUGAACCCCCACUUCCAGAAAUGAUAGGGCCUUUUUUGUUUUGUUUUGUUUUGUUUUGUAGAUCACUCUCCUCUGUUGUGCUAGCUGUUGCUGAUGUACGACGAGCACAUUUAGCUGCUAAACCUGGGCUAAAAGUGGUCUCUGUCUCUUGACGGCGGUUUAAGGAAGGCAAAUGCGUUCCCUGAAGAUGCAUGUGAUUGUGAUAUUCGCCGUUAAUGGUGUACUAGCAGUUGCUUAAUCAUUCAUGC